UCCAUGCUGAGCCAAGGAUUCACCGGUACCUUCAACCUCAGGGCCGGCACUGACUUCACGGAAUCACCAUUCGAAGAGCUCGAAGGACGUCGUGGUCUUCCAGGCCAUGACGUGACGACGACAACAACCACCGAGAAGACGGAAAUUAAGGUUCCUAUAUCGGCACUGCAAAAUGUACUCAACAUGAAUGAGGAGCAGAAGCUCCAGAUAGACUUGCUGUUUGCCUUCCUGAAGGAAAUAGAUGACCGAGGAUGUGUGUCCCGCAUGGUUUGCGAGAGCGCCGCCGACGCCUUACGCCUCGGUAAAGUGGGUACCGCGACAAAGUACUUCUUCGACACCAACGCGGGCGUGGGAACCAAAGCCGUCUCCGUGUUCGUCGCUGCCGCGAAGACUGGCCGAUCGCGCGGCCUCGCCGGGUGUGCGCAGGCCUUCCCAGAGUGUACCGCCAACCUCCCUCACGUCCUCACCGCAGCCGGACUGAUGUAGUCCAUGACUCAUGACAAUAAAUAUCUUUUCUUCGUGUCCAGAUUAUA